AUGCCGGAGUCUCCCUCACCAUCCAAAACAGGCACAGCGAAGCAGCGCAGAGUAUGCUUUAUCCCUGAGCAACUGGACAAAGAGGCACUUACAAGUCCACCUACGUCUCGAGACACCCCGCUUGCCUUGGUGAGCCGAGAUGUGAGAACACUUUUCUCGGUGAUAUAUCUCCUUCCAAAGCUUUUCCUACCGCUAUCCACGGGAAAGCCUAGCGAUGAGUUGAACUUCCAGGGCAAGACUGCGAUCAAUCUGACUGCUUUGAUCACAGUUACGGUCGUAGAGGUUGUUCUGUUUAUCUUGAUGGGCGUUUCGCUAUUGUCGCUUCCAGGACUGCUAAAUAUUCCUGUAUCUCUACUCAUACUGGGAACAAUAUGGUUGAUGUGCGUUCCGCUUCGCGGUUCGAGUAUGAUAGUAUACUCUAGCCCAGAAGGAGACCACGUACCCAAGACGGAAAAGCAGGGAAAUGAGCGAUGGGUGUUUGUCAAUGGAGUUCUUCAAUCACAUUAUAAUCUUAAGCAAAACUGUGAUCAUAUUGCGCACAUUUUUGGUCGGCCUAUUAUCGGAAUCCAUAACCCCACGUAUGGUUUGAUCGGUGACCUUCUUGAAUGCAUAUUCCAACGGUCUUUUUCAUUCAAUGAUGAAAGUGUCCGGUUUACAUAUGACAAAGUGAAGGAGUAUCUGAUAAACCCGAGCAUUGAAAAGGUUGUCCUAAUGGGACAUUCUCAAGGGGGAAUCGUGGUUUCCAUGGCGCUGGAUCUGCUAUUCGUGGAUCUCCCUGCAGAAAACAUAGCAAAGCUGGAGGUGUACACGUUUGGGUCAGCGGCAUCGCAUUUUAACAACCCUCUUCGUGCUAUUGACCCGUUCUCUAAUAAAGCUCGACCUGUAAUCCCUUAUAUCGAGCACUAUGUCAACAGUGAAGAUAUGGUGACUAGAUGGGGCGUGGUGUAUAAUGUGGAGAAAACUAUCGAAAACAAGUUUGCUGGCAAGGUAUUUAUCCGUAUGAACGCGCCAGGCCAUAUGUUAAACCAGCACUAUCUUGAUCAGAUGUUUCCUCUGCCAAAGAACCCACAGGGUAGCGAGGAUACAGGCUUCUUGGAUGAAGUUGUUGAAAUCGACGAGACAGUGUCCGAGGCUCGAGACCAGUUUGUCCAUGAGAAAUCAAACGACUCGGAUAAAGCCAACAGGCGGCGAAUUUCGAUUAACAAAGACAUGAACCGCAGCGUGUUAGGUGCUACCAAAACUGUAAGAGAGCUUAGCAGGCUGUGGAGGUAUAUGGGAGGUAACAACCCAGAUGAUUUUGGACAGUCGGGAAACCAUUCAGUAAAGACCAGUCAGUGA